AGUUAGAGAGAAGAAAAGUAUUGAAUAGAAUGUGGUCAGCCCUAAAGAGGAAUUACGAGGUUAGCGAGGAGAUUGGUCGCGGUCGUUUCGGCACCAUCUUCCGCUGCUUCCACCCACUCUCCAACCAACCCUACGCCUGCAAACUCAUCGACAAAUCCCUCCUCCUUGACUCCACCGACCGCCACUGCCUCCAGAACGAACCCAAAUUCAUGUCCCUCCUCUCUCCUCACCCCAACAUCCUCCAAAUCUUCCAUGUCUUCGAGGACGACCACUAUCUCUCCAUCGUAAUGGACCUCUGCCAGCCCCACACGCUUUUCGACCGCAUGCUCCAUGCUCCCUUCUCGGAGUCCCAGGCCGCCUCCCUCCUCAAGAACCUUCUCGAAGCCGUCGCCCACUGCCACCGCCUCGGCGUCGCCCACCGCGACAUUAAGCCCGACAAUAUUCUCUUCGAUUCGGCGGACAAUCUUAAGCUCGCCGACUUCGGUUCGGCGGAGUGGUUCGGCGACGGGAGGAGCAUGAGCGGCGUGGUGGGGACGCCGUACUACGUGGCGCCGGAGGUUCUGUUGGGGAGGGAGUACGAUGAGAAGGUUGAUGUGUGGAGCUGUGGGGUGAUUUUGUAUAUAAUGUUGGCGGGGAUUCCCCCUUUUUACGGAGACUCUGCUGCUGAGAUCUUUGAGGCUGUGGUUAGGGCUAACCUCAGGUUCCCUUCUAGAAUCUUCCGGACUGUGUCCCCCGCCGCCAAGGAUCUCUUGAGAAAAAUGAUCUCUAGGGACUCUUCUAGAAGGUUCUCCGCAGAACAAGCCUUGAGACACCCUUGGAUCUUGAGUGCGGGUGACACGGCUGAACUGACUUGAGAAUGUAGCUACAUGCUGUAGUAGUAGUGUAGCUAAUUUUGCCCCUUUGUCUUUUCUCUCUACUAGCUUAAUAAGGUCUACUCGUGGUGGCAGAGGAAGGAACGCUUCUGUAAAUUUUCAUGGUGCAAGUAGUUUUUUUUCUUUCUAGGAAUCUUAUAUCUGAGACUCUGGGUAUGAGUCGAGAGAAUCUUGUUUUCCACUCUCGGUGAUUCUCUCUUUUGUAGUAGAAAGUGAGAAAGUGGGUGAUCUCCCAGACUCCCUCCCCCUAGUACAAAGGAGGAGUUUGAUUCUACUAUCCUUGUAGUUUUUGUAUAUGUAAAUCAUAAUAAACAAUCAUUUUGAAUGAAUGUAAAUGGUGUUUAAUCUUCUGA